UUGGUAAUGUUAGCGUAAAAAAAUUUCCAAUCUCUCUUAAUUGGAUCAAUUGAAAGAAUUUGUUAUAGUUAACAAGUAAUAAUCUUCACACUAACUAAAGAAUCCUACUCUUCACCUUACUACAUCUCUCUUUAUAACAAACCCUAAAACCUCUCACCACACACACACACACACACAUAGACCAACAACAACAACAAUGGCAAUAUCAAGAACAUUCAUGUCCGUUAAUCUCUUCAUCUUCUUCCUCGUUAUUGCUACAACCAAUGGUCAGGCUCCAGCUCCAACCCCUUCAGGUCCAACCAACAUAACCGCAGUCCUAGAAAAAGCCGGUCAAUACACAAUGUUCAUAAGACUCCUCAAAAGCACCCAAGCCGCAGACCAAAUCAACACUCAGCUCAAUUCAUCAUCGAGCCAAGGCCUAACCGUGUUUGCCCCGACCGAUAACGCAUUUAGCAGCCUCAAAUCCGGAACAUUGAACUCAUUAUCCGACCAGCAAAAAGUUCAGCUUGUUCAGUUCCACGUCCUUCCUACACUCUUAACCAUGCCUCAGUUUCAAACUGUAAGUAACCCCUUACGCACGCAAGCUGGUGAUGGACAAAACGGUAAGUUCCCUCUUAACAUCACUAGCUCCGGUAACCAAGUCAACAUCACCACCGGAGUUGUGAGCGCCACCGUGGCUAACUCCGUCUACAGCGAUAAGCAGAUCGCCGUGUACCAAGUGGAUCAAGUUUUGCUGCCAUUAGCAAUGUUUGGUUCAAGCUCGGCGGCUCCUGCUCCGGCGCCUGAAAAAGGCGGCUCGGUUACGACAGGUUCAGCUUCCGGUAGCGACGGUGGAGGAGAUUCUACUGAUUCAUCUGAUGCAGAGAGGAUCAGAUACGGGAUAAUCGCCACCGUGGCAGCCAUUGCUGCUUCUUCUCUGUGGAUAUAACUUGAGAGAGAGAGAGAGAGAGAGAGAUCUAUUCAAGAGUCUACAUAUUGGAUUUUAAGAAGAACGAUGAGUUUUUGUUGUAAUUUGAGAUUGUGUUAAUGUUUUGAUUCAAAACUUUUUUGAUGAAAAAAAAAAUGCACACGUGUUUCAAUUUU